UCCAAGAUGGAAGAAAAGGGAACGAUGUGAUAUCGCUGCAUUGGAUUUUUCUUUUAUUUCUGCUUGGUGUUGAUUGCAAUUCCUGAUUUAGACGCAUUAAUUAUCUUUGAAGUAAAAAUGUGGCCAUUACUGCUGGAUAUGACUCGUGAUGACUCAAAACGAAUACUACGGAGACUCGAAUUAGAAGCAUACUCUUCUUUAAUAUCAGCCUUCCGAGCUCAAGGAGAUUUGACCAAAGAAAAGAAGAAGAUUUUACAGGACUUGCAGUACUACUUGAGUAUUUCAACAGAAAGACACAGAGCUGAAGUACGAAGGGCCAUUAAUGAUGAAAAGCUUUGCACAGUAGCUGAUUAUAUUUCAGGGCCAAAUACAAUGUCAGAAUGGCUGAUAGAAGGCAGGAGAUUGAUACCAUUAAUGCCAAGACUGGUUCCACAGACUGCUUUUACUGCUAAAGCUAAUGAGGCUGCCAACUUGCAGGCAGAAAAGAAUGCUAGUAUGCCUGUUCCAUCAUUGACAGGAAAUAAAGAUUUGACAGUCAGCUCUUCUCCUCCAUUACCAGUGAAUAAUAAUAUUGUGACAAAAACAAACAGACCAAGUAGUCCAAAUUCUAAUGUUGUAGUCCUGCCUAGUGGAAUGUCAAUUCACAUCAAAGGUGGACUGAACACAGAAGAUGAAGACGAAGGACCUGAAAGGAAAAGACGUAGAAGUCAUUCCAGCGAGAGCUUGGUAUCUCCAUCAGCAUCAACACAGACACCAAGAGUAACAUAUACUACAACAACCCCCAGUCCUGUUACUGGUAUAUCCCCAAUGAAAAUUACUAUCAGUAAAAGUCCUAGAAGUCAAAUGACAACCACUGCUUCUCAGUCACAAAAGGUUAUUUUAGUAUCUUCUGGUCAAACUUCUCCAAAUGUUCUACAGAAAUCUAUCACAGUUCCAGUUGUAAAAACAUCAACCAACUUGACAGGAAGCAAUAAAGCCUCCAUUAUACUACCAAAUUCAACAGGGACAUCUACUGUCAUCACCACACCAACUAUGGUAUCUGCUGGUUCAGGUACUUCAGUUACAAGUUCUACAAUGACCUUCUUAACACCUACAGUUAGUAUACCAAGACCUAGAGUGAAGACUUUCCCCAGACAGAGGUUUCCUAAUGUCCAGCAAGGUGUGCAGAAACCAGGCGUUGUGAUACCAAUGGGUCCUCAACCUGUUCAGCCAAAUCCUCAAACUGUUCAAAACAUACACAUCAAAUCUGUCAAAUCACCCAAUGUCCAGAUCAGACAGGAAGGAGGCAUGAAAAUAAUUAGUGCUGGAGGAUCUGGGAAAAUAUUACCAAAAAUCUCUCAGACAACAUCAGCUUCUGGUACCCCUGUGGUUGUGGUUAGUGCUGGUUCAUCAUUGUCAAGUUCAUCUAAUGUUACCAUGGUAACCAGACCUAUCACUUCAAUAGGUCAGAGUGGAGCAAAGAUUUUAAAUAUCACAACACAAGGUGGAAAGAUAAUCUCAACAGGGACAGCAAGGAACCCUAAUGUUGUCACUGUCAACCCUAAAACUUUACAACUUCAUGCUGUUAAAACCUCUGGAAAUAAACUUGGAGGUAAACCAAAUGUUAUAGUGGUACAGAAAACUCAACCAAGACGAUCUAUCAGUACUCCAACUAGUACUGCAUCCAAAACAAUCAAAUCAUCUGCUUUUGAAAAGGAAUUGGUAAAUUUUUUGCAAAGACAAGAUUCUACAAAACAUAUUGUAGUAUCAACACCAAGUGGUCAAAGAACAAUAGAGAGAAAGGUUAUUGUGACUACUCCAGGUCAGCUGGAAGCCACUAGACAGAGAAUCAGAAUGGAAGCAGAAGCCAAGAAUAACAACAUUUUAGCAGAUUUAAUAAAGGCUGCCGGCAUACAAGAGGGGGAAGGUAGUGGAGAUGUUACCAUUAAUCUGGAUGAGGCUACAAUGGCUGCUCUUACAGCAUCCAGUCAGGGAUCCGAACAGAACAGAGUUGUAACUAGUCAAGCUCUGCCUAGUAAUGAAUGGUUUGAGUAUGAUGAUGGAAACCAGGCCUACACCAGUCAGGGUAUAGAUAACCAAGCCUUACAGGCCAUUAUUGAUUCUCAGCCUUCCACCUCUCAGGAUAAACCUAAGGUUACCGUACAGAGGGCUUCCAGUAUAGAUUUGAGUCAGUUAAAUGUUGAUCAGUUAUCUCAGCAACAAUACUACACAAUAGAACAAGCCAUGAGGAUGUUAAAUCAACCAGACAAAACAGCUGAGGGAGUAUCAAUUCUUAGAAUGGACUCUACUGAAGGAGAGCCUCAGCAGACAUCAGAGGUGGAAACAACAGUAAUUCAAGAGGAAAUCCCUGGUGCAGCAAUUCAAGUGUCAAAUCAAAAUUCUCAAUCUGAGUUAGAACAAAUUGCACAACGUUUAAAUUUACAAGGGGAGCUUGAUCCUCAGACUGGAAUAUUCUAUAACACAAACUCGUCUACAGAUAAUUCUUCAUCCUCAUCUUCAGACAUAACACAAUCUCAGAUAGUAGUGUCCGCUGGUGCCAAAUCUUUUGACUUGUUAAGUAGUUCCUUAGAACAAGCUCAAAUUAACUUAGAUUCUUAUCAGUUUAUGGAAGAGGAUAUUUUAACAGAAAAGGUUACUGCAGAAGCUGUCGGUCAACCUGGUACAGAAGUUGUAGAAGUAUCAUCGACACCUUAUGAAGUAUAUACAUCAGGUACUGGGGAAUCUGUUGGCCAGGAAACUGUUAUUGUAUCCAGUAGCAAUGAAGGUUCUCACAUGGGUCCAAUGAUCCGGAUCAAAUCAGCAUCAUCUAGCAGUUUUAUACCAAUACAAGAGAUCUCAAAAUCAUCAACCAUAAAUAUCACCACACAUACACAGCCAUCAACAAGUGUUAUACAUGAAGCAGUUUUAUCACAAGAAGAAGGCAUCUAUACAGCUGAAAUAAUAGACGACUCUAACCCAAACAUCACUCAAAACAUAGACUCCUCCUUCAUAACUACUGUUCCAUCCAGUGAUGUGCCAGUCACCAUAGAAACAACCUCAGUUGACCCAGUAGAAGUUGAAGGAGAAAUUGUUGGAUUAGAAGACCUAGGUGCUAAUAGUGGUGUUGAUUCUGGAGACUCUAAUCUUGACGCUAGUGUACGUUUAAGUAAACGAAAACGUCGACCACCCAGUGCAUUAGAGGACAGUCCUACUUCACAAUCCAUUGGUUGGGCCAAAUCUUGUCUAUGGUUAAUACAGAGAGUAUCUAAGUAUAGAGGUUUGAGUAGAGACAAAGGGGAAAUGAAUGCUGCAUCAUGGUUCUUAAAACCAGUGGAUCCCAAUGAUGCUCCUGAUUAUUACAACAUUAUAAAGAAUCCAAUGGACUUUGGAACAAUCAAAAGAAAAUUAGAAAUGGGAAGUUGCAAUGAUUAUGAGGAUUUCCAUUCAGACAUGUUGUUAGUAAGAGACAAUUGUAGAACAUAUAAUCCACCAGGCAGUGUUGUGAGAAGGGACUGUGAUGAAGUCUUCGCAUUCUAUAUGUCAGAAUAUGAAAAAUUAUUAGAAAAAUGGCAGAAGGUGCAGUUUCCAUCACCAGCAUCAAAAAAGUUGAAAUUUGAAAGCAGGAGUCCUGUGAAGUGAACCAGUUAAUAACAUGAACGUUUUUACUAGUAAUUUAACACAUGUGUUAAUUGGAACAGUUGUUAACCAACUUGAAUAUACUGUACCCUAACAGUAAAGUAACAUGCCAAGCAUGUUCAGUGUUAUACCAACCAGUUUGAUUGUGCAUUGAAACAGUAUAGUCAAUAGACAAGUCAUUUACAUGGUUAAGUUAGUUGAGUGAGAAUGAAUGAAAGAUAGAAACUUCUGUGCCUAGGAUGUUUCUCUAUUAUUUAUGCCAUUAUAUAAAUAGUAAAAUUUUAAAUACAGUACAGUGAAAAGCAUGGUUGAUCAGAGUCUUCAAGUCCUUCUGUGUGACCUGUGUAGUGAAGUCAUACAAGUCCUUUAGCAGGACCUGUAUAGUGUGUUCAGAUUUGUCCUUCAACAAUACCUGUGUAGUGUGUUCAGAUUAGUCAUUCAGCAAAACCUGUGUAGUGUGUUCAGAUGACCUGUGUAAUGUGUUCUAAUUAUUCCAUAGCAUAACUGUCUUGUUUUAUUUGCAUGAUUUCGUCAAGAAUUCACAUCAGUACUCAAAACUCAUCAUCUUGUAAUAUAAUUAUAAAUUAUUCAUCUUGAAUUUUAUUGAGUGUAUUCAUUACUUUUUUUUCUGAUCAUGUGCAGUCAAUGUGCCAAAAAUAUUGUAUUCAUAUGCAGUGAAAAGAUAUAUUGUUAUGUCCAGUUGUUAUGUUUUAUGUCUAGACUUGAAUCAUGGUUAUAAACGACAAACGUCGAAAAUGAUUAAUGGUGUACAGUUGUAUAGUAUAUUUUUUCACUGUUCUUUUUUGUAACAAUUUAAUGGCUUAAAUUGUUUGAAAAUGCUAUUGAUCCUCAAGUUAAAAUGGUAUUUUAAUAUUCCUUUGUCAUGGAAGGAAAUUACCAGUUUCCCUAAUUCUGAUGCCAUAGGAUGAAACAUUCUGUACUCAGUUUGUACUUCAUUGUUCAGACACAGUUUUUGGUCAGUCAUGGUGAAAUAUUAGGUUCAAUGAGAGUCAAGUCGUCUAGUUGAUUGAUUGCCAUAGCUUGAGUAUGACUAAUGCUGGUUAUUACAUUUAAUUCUGUCAUGUGUAUGAAAGUACAUAAACAACAAGCAUCACUGCCAUGUUAAAAAUAGAACAUUAUGGUAAAGAAAGCAGUUCAAGCAAAACUGACAUGGGUUAAAAUGAUGAAAGUGAUUGGCCUAAAUAUCCUACACCUUUUGAGUGUUGAUGAUAGAAGAUCUGCUGUUUAUACAUGAUAGAAGUAGAAUAUUAAUGAUGGUGCAAAAUUAUUAUUUUAAUCUAAUUAAAUAUUGUGAACAAGAUGUUAUAAGAUACUAGUAUUUAUCAUUAAAUCAAAUUUUUAACAAGUGCUUGUAAAUACUAAGUUUUAAUGAAGGGCAUGGUGCAAGUCAUUUGGUCUCAUUCAGACCAUAAACUAUUAUAAACUGUACAUUAUUGUUGACAUGUAUGAUCAUUGUUAAGUAUAAUAAAAACAAAUAGUAUCUAUAG